AAGGAAAUCAGUUACGAAUCCAGAAUCGAACCGGAUCAUCGCGAAAACAACAGAACCGGAAGUCUCGUGCCUUACUCCUGUUUGUUUCCGACCAGAAUCUCGUAACCGAAGCCAAACUCUACCGAAUCUCGCCCACUACUAACUUGUUGUCCUAAUCGAAGUUAAGUUGGAGAAGAACAAGAAACACCAGGGGGAAUUAGAUCGUAGGGAGAAGGAAGGAGGAAGAUGGGAGAUAUUUGGGCAUGGCUUAUAUCCUUCUUCUUCCUCAUCGCUCUUGUCGGAAUCAUCGUCUACCAGCUUGUUUGCUUAGCGGAUCUUGAAUUUGAUUACAUUAACCCUUACGACUCUGCAUCGAGGAUAAACUCCGUGGUUUUACCGGAGUUCAUUGUACAAGGAGUUCUAUGUGUAUUCUAUCUCUUGACAGGACACUGGUUCAUGGCACUCCUAUGCCUUCCUUAUCUCUACUACAACUUCCAACUCUACUCGAAGCGACAACACUUGGUAGAUGUGACAGAGAUAUUCAAUUUGCUUAACUGGGAAAAGAAGAAACGACUGUUCAAGCUUGCUUACAUAGUCCUUAACCUCUUUCUCACUAUCUUCUGGAUGAUUUAUUCAGCACUGGAUGAUCAUGAUGACUGAUUGAGUACAAGACGCUGUUCAUUAUUUCGGACUCUUUCCAUCUGAUUAAACACCCAUGGUCGAGGUCCUCGAGGAUAUGAAAUGAACAAAGUGUUUGUUGUUGUUGAUACCAGUUUGGUGUUUGUAAGAAUAGUGCCUGAAAGAUUUGUGUAUUUCUUUUUUUCUUUUCUUUUAGAAACAUUUUUUUCAGACAAGAAGUCGGAAGUUCAAAGUGC